AUGACUUUCUUGUUGGACACAGCCAAGCUCAUCAUGCUAUUCGCCUUUCUUCAAAGACUUGUUUCAAGAUGCAUAGGAAGCAUCUCGACGCUGUUUUGGGCUUUUAUUAGUGAAACGCCGUCAAUCGAGCCACCACCCGAUGUUGAAUGCGGCAUCAAAGGUGAUGCUCAGGCUCUGCCUGAGCAAGACGUGACAGCGUCGAAAAAGGCCAUGCAAGAGUUUAUGGCGAGUCUAUCGCGCGACGCAAGAAGAAAGCUAGCGUCACGUUACAACGAGUACAAGCCUUGUGAAAUUUUUGGAGAGGCUAAUGGCAGCUUCAAUGCAUGCUUUUUUGUCCUCUUUCCCGACGACGGUGCGCGAUGGGUGGUGCGCGUGCCUAUAGAUAUAGAGUUCCAGCAACCCUGGGAAAAACUGCAGAGUGAAGUUGCCACUGUCAAGUAA